AGUGGGAGAGGAAUGGCGCCGGUGGCUAAGGACCAAGAACAGACACCGCUGUAAAAGCUUAGCAGGAAGACGUGGAAAAAAUUUGAAAGCAAUUGAUACAUCAACUUCUGGUAGAGUUCCUUGAUUCAUUGGGACUUGAAUAUCAGCAGCCAUUCAAAUUGAGAAGAAAUGUUUGCUUUUGGCUGCUUGAGAGAUUUUGGACACUGGUGUGGCAGGAAGAAUACUGAGACACCUGAGUGAGGGAGAUCCAGUGCGCUGACUGUGGAAAGUGCUUCACACCAUUUCCUCAGCUUGGGAGAAUCAAAGUCUCAGGACUCAGUGGGGAGAGACUGUGUACCCGCUCUGCCUGUAAUUUCCAACACAGAGCGACACAAGGGAAAGCUCUCCCCAUGGGGAAACCGUGGAAAUGUGGGGACUGUGGGAAAGGAUUCCCUUCCCCCUCGGUGCUGGAAAUCCACAGACGUAUUCACACUGGAGAGAGGCCAUUCAUCUGCCACUGUUGCGGGAAAGGAUUCACUCAGUUGUCUCAGCUGCAGACACACCAGCGCGUUCACACGGGGGAGAAGCCAUUCACCUGCUCAGUGUGCGGGAAGGGGUUCGGGAAUUCUUCCAACCUGCGGGCGCACCAGCGGGUCCACACGGGAGAGAAGCCGUUCAUGUGCUCGAUGUGCAGGAAGGGGUUCGCAGAUUCAUCUGCACUGCUGAUCCACCAGCGGAUCCACACCGGGGAGAGGCCAUUCACUUGCUCCGAGUGCGGGAAGGCUUUCCAUCGUACAGGCAACUUGCGGAAGCAUGAGCGGGUCCACACGAGGGAGAGGCCCUUCAGGUGCUCUGAAUGCGGUCAGGGGUUCAGUCAGGUGAGCGACCUGCAGAAUCAUGAGCAGGUCCACACGGGGGAGAGGCAACUCACCUGCCCAGAGUGCGGGAAGGCCUUCGGUCGUGAGGGCGACCUGCAGAGGCACCAGCGGGUCCACGCUGGAGAGAGGCCGUUCACUUGCCCCAAGUGCGGGAAGGCCUUCCGUUAUGUCAGUAACUUGCAGACCCACCAGCGGGUCCACACAGGGGAGAGGCCGUUCACCUGCCCCAAGUGUGGGAAAGGGUUCCGUUACGUCAAGAACUUGCGGAUCCACCAGCGAGUCCACACAGGGGAGAGGCCAUUCACCUGCUCCGUGUGCGGGAAGGCCUUCAGUCAUGGGGGCAUCCUGCAGAGGCACCAGCUGGUCCACACGGGGGAGAGGCCAUUCACCUGCCCAGAAUGCGGGAAGGCCUUCAGUCUUGUGGAUGACCUGCGGAUCCACCAGCGGGUCCACACGGGGGAGAGGCCAUUCACCUGCUCCGUGUGCGGGAAGGGGUUCAGUCAUGUGGGCAAUUUACGAAAGCACGAGUGGGUCCACAAAGGGGAGAGGCCGUUUACCUGUUCUGCAUGUGGGAAGGGAUUCAUCAAUUCUUCCAACAUGCUGACCCACCAGCGGGUCCACACCGGGGAGAAGCCAUUCACCUGCUCUCAGUGUGGGAAGGGCUUCACCCGUUCCUCCUGCCUGCAGAGGCACCAGCGCGUCCACACGGGGGUGAGGCCAUUCACCUGCACUCAGUGCGGGAAGGCCUUUACCCGGUCCUCCACCCUGCUGAGGCACCAGCGCGUCCACACGGGGGUGAGGCCAUUCACCUGCACUCAGUGCAGGAAGGCCUUUACCCGGUCCUUCACCCUGCUGAGGCACCAGCGGGUCCACACCGGGGAGAGGCCCUUCAGCUGCCCCGGGUGCGGGAAGGCCUUCAGCACAUCCUCCGCCCUGCUGAUCCACCAGCAUGUCCACACCGGGGAGAGGCCAUUCACCUGCUCUCAGUGCGGGAAGAGCUUCACCUGCUCCUUUACCCUGCGGAGCCACCAGCGCGUCCACACGGCGAAAAGGCCCUUCAGCUGCCCCGAGUGCCGGAAGGCCUUCAGCACUUCCUCCGCCCUGCUGACUCACCGACGGGUCCACACGGGGGAGAGGCCCUUCAGCUGCUCCGAGUGCGGGAAGGCCUUCAGCAGAUCCUCCACCCUGCUGAAGCACAAGCGGAUCCACACAGGGGAGAGGCCGUUCAGCUGCUCCAAGUGUGGGAAGGCCUUUACCCAGGCCUCCACCCUGCAGACUCACCAGCGGGUCCACACGGGGGAGAGGCCAUUCACCUGCUCUCAGUGUGGGAAGGGCUUCAAGUAUUCCUCCCACCUGCUGACCCACCGGCGGGUCCACACAGGGGAGAGGCCCUUCAGCUGCCCCAAAUGCGGGAAGACCUUCAGCGAUUCCUCCACCCUGCUGAGGCACCAGCGGAUCCACACUGGGGAGAGACCGUUCACCUGCUCUCAGUGCGGGAAGGCCUUCACCCGCUCCUCCACCCUGCUGACCCACCAGCUGAUCCACACCAGGGAGAGGCCCUUCAGCUGCCCCGAAUGCGGGAAGGGCUUCAUCUGCUCCUCCAACCUGCGGAGCCACCAGCGAGUUCAUGUGCCAUCGCAGGGGGAUUGAAGGAGUGACAGCGAGACCCAUUAUCGAUUGGACUAUCAACCCGGUUCCAGGGACUCCCGGGUUUGAAUCCCGCCACGACAGAUGGCAGAAUUGGUAUUCGGUCAGAAAUGUGGAAUUCGGAAUCUAACGAUGAGACCGCUUCAGGGAGGGGGUGGUGCGGGGGUGAAAGCCCCCAUCUGAUUCCCUCUCUCCCUUGUUAGGGAAGGGAACCGCCAUUGUGGGAAAGGAUACACUCAGUCGUUCCAGCUGCAUCCUUUACCCGGUCUGGCCUACACGUGACUCCAGACCCACAGCAGUCUGGUUGACUCUACACUGCCCCUUCCUGGUAAAGGAGCGGGGAGAAACUUAUUUGGAGACAGGGUAUGGGUUGAAAUUGCUGAGUGAGGCAAUACUUCCUCCGGGUUACAGCUAUACCAAGG